GUCUGGGACCAAUUGAGCGGCGGAACGAAUGUGCGCAGAGAUUUGUUUCCCUUCUCUCGGCGGCUCAGUUCGAGGAUCGGGCCAGAGCCGGUCAGGGCCCGGGGUUGAUGAUGUUGGGGUGGACUGCGGUCCGGUGCGGGGUCCGGGCGGGCGUUCCUGCUCCGAUUGCCCGGUCCCGGUCCCGGCCCCAAGCUCAGUUUUCCCCCUCCCCGCGGAGUCUGGUGCCGAGCCGGGCCUUUAACGACGGGGGAAUAGAGGCCGAGCCUGAGGAGCAGGAACUGGAGGAGUUAAUCAGGGCUGAGAAGAAUAAACAGAAGGCUAUAAAAUUCCGCCGGAUUCAGGCAGAGUUUGGGUGUCGUGGAGCUCCGCCAAGAACUCUAACAACAGAAGCCCUGCAGCAAAUCAGGUUUUUGAAGGCGAGGUUCCCAGAGGAGUGGACUGUGUCUCAGCUGGCCGAGGGGUUCUCGGUCAGCGAGGAUGUUAUCCGUAGAGUACUGAGGAGCAAGUUUAUCCCUUCACCAGAAAGGAGGAGGAAACAGGACGCAAAAGUAGCAGCAGCGAUGCUGCCCCUCUCUCACAGAACAGAACAACCCACUGUCAGUUUACCAGGCCCAUCGGACCCAGGCAGAUCUAAACUAGUCACGGACCAGCCAUCUGUGCCCAGACUCUCUCAGGGGGCAGUCACACUUCCCGUACUCCCUGACACCAGAACCAGGGAGGAGGAGGUGGGAGAAAGCAAACCCAUUCAGCAGAGAUCUUGUACUGACCUCACUGAUCAGGGCGUCAUGAAGGUCAAAAGGCAGAGGAGGGAGGCUGCUCGCAAGGAGAGGGACGGGCGCAGGGAAACCAGUGACAUGUCUGAUGUGGAGCAGCUUCCAGCUGGUGGAAUCCUGGAUGAAGAAUUGGAGAAAUUCACUGCUGGAAGGUGGGGAAAUCAAAUGAACAUUGUACAGAGGGGCCAUGAAUUUUAUGACCAGGAAGGCAAUUUCCUUUACAGAAUUAAUGAACACCUGACCAAUCCCAAACAGGAAUCCUGACGUGCACUUGGGGUACACUUGAAAGGGAGACCUGCUUGCCCGUGGGGAUGUUCCCAAGUGGUUUACGGCCAGUCAUGUGAUUUUUAAAUUAAUCAUGGCUGUUCUAUAGGAAACAAAACCACCAGUCUGCAUUCAGCGAGAUCCCACCGCAGCAGUAGCAUGGUAGUGAGCAGGCUAUUUGUUAGUGAUAUUGUGUAAGGCGUAGAAUUUCAGGACACCAGUGAAAACCACUAUGGGAUUGUAAUGAUGGAGCUUUAUUUAAGUCUCAUUAGAAGGACUACCUGUGUGCCAUAGACGUUUGGACCCACGGCAGCCUUGAUUAGGAGUUCUAAUGCACAAAGGCAUCAUCGAGUGACUGCUGUUUCUUCCCGAUUCCCCCACUUGAGCAGCUGUCCACUCAGUUGUGACCAGCUGAGUUGCCAUAGUCGAGUUGAAUGGACGGACAUUUUGUCACAGGUGCCUGGUCAGGACAGACCCAAUCAAAAGGAUGGCCCCCACAAGGAUGGAUCUGUGGGGGUCAGCCUUAUUCUGGGAAUGAUUGCACUGAUUGAGAUGGCGGGAGUUUGAACUGGCAAAGCAACAAAUGUGCUGGGUAUAAGGUGUGGAGACUUUGGGUAAUGAUAUUGUGUGCUGUUUUCACUGUGAACAACUGCCUCACCCUGCACGUACCUGUAAGCAAGAUCGUCUGCAAUAAAACCCCUUGAAAUGUUUCUGCUAAUGUUCUCGGGUGAGUGUAAUAAACUGAAAUGAAA